GCCUACCAUAGAGUAAUACCAAAUCAGAUCAAGUAUUCGAACGUUUUUUAUGUAACGAACAAAUACAUCGAUUUUUAUAUCGAUAUUUUUUUUAAUAUCGAUAUAUAGUGGCACACCUACUGUGAUUUCAAUUCAACAUUUUCAUCCUUCUUUUUAGAUAAAGUUACCAUGGCAUUGCCGGGUGUGUUACGUCGUACUAUAAUCAAUGGUACUAUAUAUUCGGCAGCCGCUUUGCGGUUUGCUUCCACACAGCCAGAGAAAAAGGUGUUUUUUGAUGUAACAGCUGAUGGCGAAUCUUUGGGUAGAGUGGUUAUCAAACUACAUGCAGAUGUGGUACCUAAAACGGCUGAAAAUUUUAGAGCUUUAUGUACAGGAGAAAAAGGUUUUGGUUACAAGGGGUCCUCUUUUCACAGAAUAAUUCCAGAUUUUAUGUGUCAAGGCGGUGAUUUUACUAAUCAUAAUGGAACUGGUGGAAGAUCAAUUUACGGACGUGUUUUCCAAGAUGAAAAUUUCAAACUUAAACAUACAGGACCAGGCAUCUUGUCAAUGGCUAAUGCAGGCCCGAAUACGAAUGGCUCCCAAUUUUUCAUUACAACUACACCUACUCCAUGGUUAGAUAGAAAGCAUGUAGUCUUUGGUGAAGUCGUUGAAGGUAUGGAUGUGGUGAAAAAGAUGGAAAUAGGGUCAAAAAGUGGCAGAACUUCAAAGAAAGUAGUAAUAGCAGAAUGUGGUGAGUUAGAUUGAUUUUGUGUAGGAUAGUAUGUUUGUAAUAUAAGAUUAGCAGCUAUUAAUAAAUCUAUGUAGUUUGUAUCAAAUAGAAUGGUAUUUGAAAA